AUGGCGUACCGUGACGCCAAUUUGGCCUCAGACUCCGAUGAGAAGUCAAGCGUCGGCUCAGGCGAGCCGAAGGCGAACCAGUUAUCAAUGGAUCUAGAAUACUCUCGAAAGCGCGACUCUAUCGAACAGGCCUGCGCGCGAGGUGACUUUGAUGCCCUGGUCCGCCUAGCAACCUCGACCGGCGGCCUUCUGACCGACGACCUUCGCCGGCAAGCUUGGCCAAUUCUAUUGGGCUGUAGAUCUGAGCAUGAUGGAGCUGGACUGAAAGAAUCAACCCAGUCCUGGAGAAGUCUCCCCCGGCAUCCUGACGAGGACCAAGUACGGCUCGACGUUGAUCGAGCAUUUAUAUAUUACCCCAAAGACGAAUCCGAACAAUCUCUCGACAAGAAGAAGACAGAGUUAUCGGACCUGAUAGUUGCGACCUUGAGGAGUCACCCUGUGCUCUCCUACUUCCAAAGCUACCACGACGUCGUACAAGUUCUCCUUCUGGUGCUUGGAAGGGACCAUGCUGCCGCCGCUGUUCCACGAAUAUCUCUCCUCCGACUUCGUGACUACAUGUUGCCGACAAUAUCACCUGCCCAAAAGCAUUUCGAGCUCGUCUCCGCCGUGGUGGAGGCUGCUGAUCCGGAAUUGGCCGAUCACAUCUCUAAAGCUGAGAAUAGUUUUGCUCUGUCAGCGACUCAUUCCUUGUUCGCCCACGACAUCCAAGAGUAUGGCGACAUUGCACGGCUGUACGAUUUUCUUUUCGCGCACGAACCAGUCAUUAGCAUUUAUUUGUUCUCAGCAAUCAUGAUGUCACGACGCGCAGAGUUGCUCGAAAUGCCCGCUGACCAAUCCGACAUCCUUACUUUCAUGAUAUCAAAGCUACCACCGGCCCUGGAUAUCGAUGCUCUGGUCCUAGAUGCCUUGCAGUUGUUUCGAAAUCACCCGCCAGAGAGACUCCACGGUUUCAUUUGGUGGCGGCUGUCACCUUACAGCGUCCUCAAGACGUCGCGCUGUAUUAAGAAUCCUCAGGCUCUCGGUGACGCCGAGCUUCUAUGCCAGAAGCAGAUCCGGCAAAUACAGAGCGAGGAAUUGAUGAGAAGGAGAGCCAAACUGCUCUUCAAAUACCGGAGAUCAGCUUUGGCGAUGACGGCCACGAUUCUCGUGGGGGGACUCUCUAUCUGGCUGAGGAGGAAUGGACAAGACAAAGUCGUCUGGUUCAUGACUUCGUCCGCAUUCCGAAUUUUCUCGAGACAACAAUAG